AUGCAACCUCCUGAUCCGGAUCUGGCUCAAUUCGUGGAGACCGUCAUGGAUCAUACUGAAAUGGCACCAGGUUGGGGCAAACGUUUAUUUCCUCAUCUUCUCGUGACAAGAUCACGAUCAGGAUCGACAAUGGAGCAUUAUCAGACGAAGCUAAGCGCAAUUCUUGGUGAAGAUGUGGCCUGUUUAGGUGGUGAUUACAGUGCAUCUGAGGGUUGUUUGGGAUUAAACAAAUCCUGCACAGCCACAAAUCUAUUUCAUCAUGCCGUUUGGAACUGUUACAGUGAGCUGCUGCCGGAAGAUCAAUGGUUCGUCGAUCAGCCACGUUGCAUUAGUAUUGAUUCAGCACAGAUAGGUGAGAUAACACCUUAG